CAGCAGCACAGGAAGUACCCGACCUUUCCUAAAGCUCCCCUGGAAACACAUGCCCUCCAAGAGAGUAUGGUAAAAACGCAUUGCAACUGCUUUAUUCAACUGGACACUAUUGAGCUAUUGAGGGGCGACUUUGCUCAGCAAACCUGCCAACGGACACGGUGGAACUCGCAGUCGACGUUCAGUGUUACCAGACGGAGAAGGUCGAGUGGAGCACGAGGGACGGGUUGCAGCUCUCUGGCUGUAUUGAGCCUGCAGGCACGGCAGACCCACUGGCAAACAACUAUUCUGGGGCUCAGGACGUCUCUGCCUAUGAGAGCAGAGCCUAAGAAAAAGAAGAAGGUGGACCCCAAGAGGGAGGUGGCGUUGAGAGACCGUCUGAAGAAGAAGCUUAAGAAGCUGGAGAGGGUUCCUCCAGAGCUGAUCCCCAUCGAGGACUUCAUAACCCCGACUAAAUACCUGGACGAAACAAGGGUACGAGAGCCUCCCCGGCUGUCCUUUGAGGAGAGUGAGCGCAGGGCGCUGCUGAUGAAGGCGUGGUCUCGCUACAAGCAGGAGCAGCACGAGGCGGAGAUGAAGACUAUCAGUGACGCGCUGGAGGCUCAGAGGGAAGCGCUGGAGGAACUGCGACUGGAGUCAGAAGAGCUUUAUCAAGCAGCCCUCAAACGAGACCAAAGGCUCUUUCCAUACGAGAGCCAGGGACCCUGCUACACCCCACCAAUACCUGGCUAUCAGGCACCCGAAGGCAAAUUCAAUGACAUAACCAAGGUGCAUACGCAAUAGAGAAGAGGCUGAAGGGUUCUGUGCAUACAUGUGUCUACUGUACGUUAAGCUUUUUUUGGAUAAAUAAUAAUAAAAAAAAACUGCUAGUGUGUUUCUUAA